AAAACCCGAAUACUUCCGCAUGCGUUUUAAGGCAGGAAAACAACUAUGGCCGAUAAAACACACGUGAAAAAUGUGGUUCUGUUGAAAAGCAUAAAAGAAAAAGCAAAAUCAUGUUGCGACAGCCCAAAAUUUGCAAACAAUAUUCUAGAUAUAAUUAACUUUGCUCAGACAGAAGAUAAAAGUGUUCUAACAGCUUGUGUUAAAGCAUUUCAUAGGAUCUUUAUACAGUUUAUUGGAAAUGGAGAACUCUACACGUCACCUGAAGUUGAUGAUGAGUCUAAGGAAGGGAAAUAUAAGAUCUGGUUAAACCAGCGAUAUAGUGAUGUUUAUGAAAGACUUACAGAAUUAUUACUGUGUAAACAUGCUACAGUUAAAGAGUUAUCAUUAAGUACAUUGAUGAAGUUGGUUACAGCAGAAGGUCAUAACCCUAUCACAGCAAUUACAGCAAAACAGUCACAUUUUCCUAUACAGAGAUUUCAGGAAAUAAUGAGAGGAUUGAUAUCUGAAGAUUAUAAUCACAAAGAUUUAAUAUCAAGAUUCCAGGAGUAUUUAGAUUAUGAUGAUGUUAGGUUUCAUGUUCUCAAGUUCCUCAUCAAAGACAUUAAAGAAAAGAAACAACAGCAAUACAGUGAUGAAUAUUUGAAUAAUAUCUACGCCAUGUUAGAACAGAUAUCAUUUCCAUUGAUUGAUAAUGAAGUGCUGUCAAACUGCUUAUGUAAAGCACCAGACGAUUUGUCAGUAUUUAAAGUAAGCAGUUUGAAAGAACAAAAAAAGUUGUUUUCUAGUGCCUGGGUGCUGUUUCUACAGUUCAAAUUGACGUCAAGUUUAUACAGAAGUGUUUUAGUGAUAUUACAUGACAAAGUGAUGCCUUAUAUGACUAAUCCAUUGUUGUUAUCAGAUUUCCUCACGGAGUCUUACAAUGUUGGUGGUGCAAUAAGUCUUCUAGCUUUAAAUGGAUUAUUUAUUUUAGUACACAAAUUUAACUUAGAUUAUCCUGAAUUCUUUACCAAGCUUUAUGCCUUGUUUGAACCUGGUGUUUUCCAUGCUAAAUAUAGAGCUCGAUUCUUCUUUUUGGCAGAUCUUUUUCUUACCUCCAGUCAUUUACCAGCCUAUUUAGUAGCAGCAUUCGCUAAAAAGUUAUCUAGAUUAUGUUUGACUGCCCCUGCACCAGGCCUCACAAUAGCUGUACCAUUUAUAUACAACCUUAUUAAUCGUCAUCCUAAUUGUAAUGUAUUAAUACACAGAACAGACCGAUCUACAGAGCUGUCAGCUGACCCCUUUCUAAUGAAUGAACCAGAUCCAUCUAAGUGUAAAGCUUUAGAAAGUUCACUGUGGGAAUUAAAGACUCUGCAGACUCAUUACAAUCCAGAUAUAAGUAAGAGUGCCAAUAGGAUAGAACAUCCAUUACAGACAUCAGAAAUAGAUUUGUCAGAUCUGCUGGAAAAUAAUUAUCAUCAGUUAUUUGAAAAAGAGACCAGGAAGAAAAUAAAGAUAGCUCCAGUGACAUUUAUACCUCCAAAAGGAUUGUUAGUGACAAACGAUGAUAAAAUUGGAUUAUGCUGGACAAUGGACUAAAUCAAUAAAAUUAUUUUUUAUUUGCAUAAAA